AUGCUUGCGCCUCGUGCUUCCGGUGCAUUUGUAUGCCUUCGAUGUGAAAUCGGGCUUGCGCGGCCACGAAUAACAGCCGUCCACCGUCGAACGUCGCACGCCAACUUUUCCGCAUCGACCGCCCGGCAGGAUGGCGCAGACGAACUGCAGAAAUUGUCGCAGACACAGCAGUCUGGACUCAAGAUAACGAGAGAAUUUCAGCCGCUGAACCGAAUAAGAAAGCGGAAGGGCAAGGUGCUCCGGGAAACCUCAGCAAAACUAAACGGUCUUAAACGCCUGGGCGAUGAUGCCGACAUCUUGGUCCUGCAGGAAGUCAUCGAGAGUGCUCGAGAGGAAGCUGUCGUUAACCCCGAUAAAAUUGAGUUUCUCGACGUCCCGGACAUACUCGCUUCCCUACAGGAGGACCGAGAUCUUACGCCCGAGGAACUCUACAAGCAAAUUGAGAGUUUGUGCCCAAAGACCCACGUCGGCCCCAACGAGCCGCACUACGUUAGGCAAACGACGUUUGUCAAGCUCAUAAGACUUCUGACGGAUGGCUUCACGCAGAAACAACUGUUGGCAUUUUACUCGGCCGCGAAGAAUAUACAGCAGGAGAGGGUGUACAAGGAGGUUAUAGACGGAUUGAGGGGAGAGAAGGGCACCGUCAAGCGUCCUGUUGAGCGGACCGAGUGGCAGCCGGGUACUACGCCCAUCCACAAGCGCCUACCGGGAUUCGACCUGAAGCGCCAUAGAUUCAAGAGCAAGACUGUGAGCAAGCAGCUACUAGUCGACCGCAUCCUCAGGGACGUCUGGAAUCUUGUUCUCUUGGAAGAGAUUGAGGCGCCAGGAGAGAUUGAGCUGCUACUGAAGCCAUGGCAGAUCACGCUGCUGAGUUCUGGAGGUGCGCAUGUAGAGAACAAAACAAAGCUAGAUGAGAUUGGCCGGGCGCGGAGAGCCAAACUACAGAUCUUCCUGCAGCAUAGCGUCCUCCGCAUCACAGCCGACAAGCACACCGCCGAGUACGCCGCGAACGAUGUCGAAGAAGCUCUGCAAAACGCGGAAGGGAAGCGGCUACAACUUAAGACUUGGCAACCACUUUUGGUCAACGAGAAGGUGCCAAAAAAUGACAAGCUGAUAUCUCUGUUUACGCAAAACGAUCUCGAUACGGUCAUGAACCUCACUCGCACCAGCAUCCAGGGAGCUGGUGACACUAUGUUGAUGAUUAAGGGGUUCAGCAAGAGCGCUGUUGAGGAAGCGGAGCGGACUCUCAUCAGGCUCCUACCUCUCAAGGGCUCUCCUACUCGAACAAUUGAUAUGCUGGAAUUAGAUGCCGACAAGAGCUCGAGCUAUCUAUUGCCUAUCUUCCCCGAGAAGAAUUCGCUAGACCACACAUACCGCGACUUGAAAUUGGGUCGAUGGUCGUUGCCCGUCAGGCGGCUCCCUGAGCCUGAAUCGACUGAUAAUCAAGAACAAACUGAGGCAGUCGAGCAUAUUGAUCAAACACCCAAGAGCGUACAUGAACUUAUAAACCGAGUUGUGGCCAUUUUUCGAGGAUCUGCAGAUGAAGUGUCUCAGCCCACGGAUGAGGUUGGCAAUUGGACUCUGGAGCCAGAGUAUAAGCUGUCUGCCGAGUUUGGCCAGGCACUCUUCCCUCUCGAACAGGCGCAUGCCAACAAGGCAUUUGAGAGUGUUUCAUCUCAAUCGUUGCAGUCACCCUACUUACCCACCAUCCCAGGUCUCUCGAGCCUCCUCACCUCACCCCACUUUUGCACCACGAAACGCAUGCAAAUGCCUUCCUUGCUGUAUGAUUUCAUCGCUUCUCCUGAGCAGCAAAGUUCCGACGCUAGCCAGACCCAUCCUAGCCUUCACAUUCAAAUGCGUCCUGGUCGCAACGGGGGCAAGGCCACUCUCUACAAACUUAGUCUCGGGUUUCAGCAGCGCAUCCACGAUGUGCUGCUUCCAAACCAAGCAGUAGAUGUCCGGUUUUUCCGAUACGGACGCUUGCGGUACAGGACGACGGAUAUUGACAAGAAUGUGCAACAAUGGGUUGACGCUGUCGUUGCCAACAUCGAGAGCGGCGGCCGCCUGACUGCGCCAUCACUACACAUCCAAAUCCCCAAGUGGAUUAUACCCGACUCUGCGUCUGAUACGAAAGGUAUGCGCACCGUCACGUAUCUCUUCUCAGGCAUCCAGUUCCGACAAUCGGCCACGGGCCACUUCCUCGGCACAGACGUAUCCUACAGUACCGUGCAGUCUGGCAAAUUAGGUGCCAAUGGAGGAUCUUUGACCGCGUACUUAAAUAGAGGAUAUGGCGAAAUGCUUUUGCUGGACGAGUCUAGUCUGAAAGCAUUCGUAAGACGGUGUUUGACCAUGGUGGAUAAGAUCACCGAAGCGAGUGCGCAGACGCUGCCUGCGAGCAAGGUGCUGAAUCCUAGGAGAGAUGAUAGUGAGAGGAAGAUGAAGAGGGCGGGGCACCACGAAAGGCAGGAGCAGCUGGCUGACGACGAAACCAAGCUACUUCCGACCGAAUCGGCUCCAACGCAACAAGAGCAGUCGGCUGUCUCUGGUGAAGGUUCCGAGGACCCGCACUCAUCCACUAUUCCCGCGCCCGAGGAGCCAGAGGAGCCCUCUGUGCAAUCUCAAGCUGUGAAUGAGCACGGAAAGUCUGAAGAAGCACAGGCUGACGGUAGUCUGCCUCUCAAGUCUUCAACCUAA